AUGUGCUGGCUCGAGGACAAUGUCGGGGCGACUUACGACCUGGUGAUCGAGAUCGGCGCCAAUGCCGGGCUCUACACCGUGUUCCUCGAUGCACUGAUGAAGGAUGCGCCGGCAUUGCCGGAAGGGAGGGAGCGCAGGAUCGUGGCGUUCGAACCCUCCGCUGAGGCCUACCGGCGGUUGCUCGCCAACCUCGCGGCCAACGGGACUCGUCACGUUGCGGCGUUUCAGGCGGCUGUGGGCGAGCAUUCGGGCCUGCAGCCUUUCUUCGAGCCCCGGCAGCAUCUAACCAACGGCUCGCUGCUGCGCGAAUUCUCGGAGAAUUUCACCGAUCGCAUCGACGAAACAAUCGCCGUCGUAGUGGCGGCGCCGGAACUGGCGCGCUGGCUUUCGCCGGCCGGACGGGCGCUCAUCAAGAUCGAUGCCGAAGGUUUCGAGCCGACGCUGCUGUCGGCGAUGGCGCCGCUCCUCGAUCGGCACCAUCCGGAUCUGUUGAUCGAGGUGCUUCCCUUCACGCUCGAUGCCCUCAAUGGGAUUCCGGCGCUGGCGGACUACGACAAGUACCUGUUGCUGCCCGAAGGGCCCGAAAAGACGAGUCUCGAAGCGGCCGUGAAGUCGGCGGGCUGCACCGGCGGCAAGAUGGAGUUCGACGAUGACAAGUCGCCGCCGCAUCCGUCGGGCAAGUUCGAAGUCGACGACGCGAUGUGCGGCAACCAGAAGCACGAUCUCGUCUUCGAUCACACCUUCAAGCUGAUCUCGAAGAAGGCCGAUUAG